AUGCCCCCUCUUGGACAAUGCUGCGCCACUGGCUCCCUGCACACGGGCACGCCCACGGGCACAGUCGAGAAGGUGCACGGAUUGGAUUGCUAUGUCGCUGAAGCUCCUGGCGGUCAACCGAAGGGCGUGGUGGUCAUCAUCCCCGAUGCGUUUGGGUGGGAGUUGCCCAACAAUCGCAUCCUCGCCGACUGCUAUGCCAAAGAAGGGAAUGUGAAAGUGUAUCUUCCCGAGUUCCAAGGCGGAUGGGCUCCGCCGAUGGACGUGAUGAUAUCAUUCAAAGCCCUCUCCGCCACCGGCUUCUGGAACCAGCUCUACAAAAUCGGGCAUCUGGCCUACUGCAUCCGCUACCUCGCGCCCUUCCUCAUCGCCAACCGCGCCGCCGUCUCGGAGCCCCGAGUCUUCGGCUUCCUCAAAGCGCUCAAAAGCAACGAGGCCAAAGACCUGUCCAUCGCCACAGCCGGUUUCUGCUGGGGCGGGCCGUUCGUGACGAGGCUUUGUUGGAACGGGGCAGAGAACAAGACGGACGAGGGGAAGCAGGUCACUGUUUGCGGCUUUGUGGCGCACCCGUCUAAUCUCACGUACCCGGGGGAUAUUGAGAAGGUGGUGCUGCCGUAUGCUGUUGCGGCGUCGGAGCAUGAUCAGAUGAUGAGCCCCGCGCAGGCGAAGCAGACGGAGGAGAUUUUGAAGAAGAAGACGGAGGAGUCGAAGGGGAAGGGGGUUGAGCAUGAGUUUGUCAUGUACCAUGGUGCUCAUCAUGGGUUUGCGGUGCGAGCAGACGAAGAUGACAAGGAGGAGGCGGAGCGUGGGAAGCGGGCGGAGGCGCAGGCUGUGGCGUGGUUCAAUCGGUGGUUCUCCAACAAGUCGUUGAAUGUGUAG